AUGCGCUCGACAAAAGCCCACGCCACCGAAGAAUCGCCGCGGCCAGGGUCUGUGACGGUACCAUGCGAUGCGCUGGUGGCUGCAUCGUGCCGUGCUUCUGCAUCAACGCUCCUUCCAGACUGGACCCUGGCCAGAAGCAACCCGGCCGAGGAUGCGCCGUUCCCCGCAUCGCCCGACCCAGACCCAGUUGGCCAAAUUGGCAUUGGCAUUCAUGCGUCUGGCUCGGUGCUCGAGCGUGUCCGUAUUGGCAGCAUGACGAUCGUAAGCUCAUCGCUCAUGGCUCGCGGUGCUCGACUCCUACUCGAGGCUUGGCGGACGUCGAGCCGACCAACCAGCGCGGGGCGGCAACGCAGCGACGGCCAUUCGCAGAGCCCAGCCAGCAGCAGCAGCAGCACACCACCUGCGGAGCUCGAACUGAACCACGACCGAGAUUCCUCCGCCAGGCCAAAUUGGACCAAUCGCCCGUCACGUCUGCCCCGCUUCUGCCCCGCUUUGGAGCACUGCCCCACUGCCCCCGCCUUUUUUCUCUUUCCCACAAUGGAAGCCUGCACCUCGCCUCGCCCUGCCUCCCCUCGUCUCCACAGCAUCCAUGCCAAAUCGCACGACCGAGACCACUCCUCGGAGCCAAGCUCUGCCCCAGCUUCCACCACACCCCGCACUCCUCUCACCCCACGAGGCACGCCCGGAGUCGAGACAUCCAUCAUGCUGCCGCCCCUCUAG